AUGUCGUCUGAUGGAGAAUCAACUCAGCCUUUCAGCGACUCUUCCGAGAUGCAACGACGCCUAGACCGAAUCGCAGCUGAAUACCAGAAAACAGGAGAACGAAGCGGCGUUGUACAGCCAGGAUUGUCGGCGCCUGACGAGGACCACCUGGGACGAACUUGCGGGCUAAAGGCCGAAGAAAGAGCAACACAAGCGGCCGCCAGCGUGACGGUCGCUGAAUUAACCGAAGCUCUUACUAGUGCUACACUCGCUUCGGCACCGGACGCCCGGCUUGUUCUCGCUUGUCCCCACUGGCCGAGAGGCGCCGAUCCAGCAAGUGUCCGGCUUGCAGAAAGUGCUGACGGUUGGGACGUGGUGGGUGUAGUGCAACGCACACACGAUGUGAACUUCACUAUUUGUCUCCCCUUCUACGACGACCCUUACGAGCUGCCCUCGCGACGGGCCAUACCUCACUACCUCCGUUGCAUACUGUACUAUGAACCUGCCAACGACGACUGCGUGUUGCUCAACCAAUCCCUCACAGACAUCUACCUGAUUCGUCUGGGUUCGACAAUGUGUCGCGCGCGCAUGUCAUACGAUCAAACUCAAAUCAUCAGGCCUGGUCUGUGGAGGAUUCUAGCCGUCGGUAGCAACAAUAUUGCAGAGCAGCACCUGGUCGAUAUUUUGAUCCUUCGAAGACGAUUCUCCGUCUCUAUACACAAGGCUCCGGCCGAAUCGCGGACAUCUACCAAACGCGCGGCUAGCGACGAAGAGGAACCAAACGCCAAACGCCAAAAGAGAAAUGGGGACGUGACAGAUAUUAUCCUGGCCUCGACAACGACUCCCGCUCAAAUCCCCAUCGCUAAGGCUCCCGGAGCUAGCACGCCGCUGAAACUGAUCCCCAAGUCCGCUAAGUGCAUCGUCCGCACUAGAGGUACACCACUUCUAGACCUUGCAGAUAGGGAAUCAGCGACCGUUGUGGUUGCACAACCCACUACUACUAGCACUGCGAGCGCUUUUCCGCAGCCGGACCCAGUUGGCGAAGUAAACAACAGAGGUGCGGUUACUUACAAACUGGACCGGCUUAAGGAAAUCACUAAAACGCCAUUUGUCAGGCCUCGCCGGUUAGGCCUCGUUAGUUAA